AUCUGAUGAAAGUAGGAUUUGAACUUAAUUUGGCUGCAGAACUUCAUCAGUCGAGACGGCGUUAGCUCAGAAGUUUCAGUGCCUUCUAAAAGAAUUCAUCAGUAAUGUUUAUAGCAAAACAUAAAAUGGAUCCAAGGAAGGUGGUAAUAUUUCAAUAAACUGAAGUACAGAAAUUGGCACCCGAGAGUUACUUAGGCAAAAAAACAAACAAAUAUAAAAGCUAGAAGAAGUAAGACCUCAAUACCGCUGACACAGAAGAUUAAGCCUCCGUCAGCAACGCUGGAUGACAACGACCCUUCCCUCCCAGUGGGUCCAGUCUCACUACCUUCUUCUGCAGGGAAGAGUCUGUACAGAGUCCUUUUAACGCUCUUUAUUAGUAGGGUUUCGAAACAACCUGCAGAAGAACCACAGAGGACAAUUUAAAUUUUGGAACAAAUUGUAAAUAUUAUAUAUGGAAAACUGAAAUACUGGUAUGUGCUUUAAAAGUAGAGUACAACUAAGCAAGUUAGGCAGUGGAGGAAGGUCCUGGUGCUAAUUUCAUAGAUAGAUGGGGCCCAAAGUCAGUAAGUCGAGAUGUUAAUAUCUAUUAUUCAAGCAAUGGAUGCAUUAUUUAAAGUUCCAUGGCGAACACCAGGAAAUGGCUGCUGACUGUCCGGUCUUUUGAACAGCGGUUAUUUCUGGAAAGAGACUAGGGCGGCCGAAGGAAGGGAUCUGGGUGUGGAUAAAAGAGUGCUUUAUUAUCUUUAUUUUAUUUUUUAAACCAAGUGCAUGUGUUGUAUCAUUUUUCAUUUUUUUGUUUUUAAAGUUUUUAAGCUGAGACAACAGGAGCGGCUGGGGUUGGUCUGGGCCAGUUUCAUCGGGGCUCCGUGUGGCGUCACCCACCCCUUCUCCUCUCCUUGAAGUCCAGCCGGCCGUGUGUGCAUCCUGAAUCCCGGUGGCUCCUGUGUUCACAUAGCCAUCACCAGACUCGUCCAGAUCACAUAAACUUGAAAAGCGUUUGGGUGCUUCCUAGUUGAUAGUUGGAGCCCUCGAGCAACAUGCCGGAACAAAGCAACGAUUACCGGGUGGCCGUGUUCGGGGCAGGUGGUGUCGGCAAGAGCUCCCUGGUCUUGCGGUUCGUGAAAGGCACGUUCCGGGAGAGCUACAUCCCCACCGUGGAAGACACCUACCGGCAGGUCAUCAGCUGUGACAAGAGCAUCUGCACCCUGCAGAUCACGGACACCACGGGCAGCCACCAGUUCCCCGCCAUGCAGCGGCUGUCCAUCUCCAAGGGGCACGCCUUCAUCCUGGUCUACUCCAUCACCAGCCGGCAGUCCUUGGAGGAGCUCAAACCCAUCUACGAACAGAUCUGCGAGAUCAAAGGGGACGUGGAAAGCAUCCCCAUCAUGCUGGUGGGGAACAAGUGUGACGAGAGCCCCAGCCGCGAGGUGGAGAGCGGCGAGGCCGAGGCGCUGGCCCGCAAGUGGAAGUGCGCCUUCAUGGAGACGUCGGCCAAGCUCAACCACAACGUGAAGGAGCUCUUCCAGGAGCUGCUCAACCUGGAGAAGCGCAGGACCGUGAGCCUACAGAUCGACGGGAAAAAGAGCAAGCAGCAGAAAAGGAAAGAGAAACUCAAGGGCAAGAGGCCGCCGGGCUGGUGCCCACGGAGGCAGCAACGUGUGCUGAGAGGAGGAACUACCAUCCACGUGCAUGUGAGAGCAUGUUAACCCAGAGCUGCAGGCGCCACCCCCAGACCAGGCAUUCCCCCAGCUCCGAAGCCAGUGACAUCCUCGGGGGAGGGGAGGGGAGGGGCGCGGAGGGCAGGGAAGAGGUGAGAAGACCAGGUCCCGGCUGUUCCCUCCCGUGGUCCUUUGACUGUAUUACAGGUAACACGGCUUCUCUCCCCCAAAAGGGUGUUUGCUGUCAAUUCCCAGCUGACCUGUGAGCCUGGCUGCUCUGAGGGGGUGCCCUCACCUCACCAAGCCUAGUUAGCAGGUACCCUUGUAACCUUUUAGAGUAUUUAUUUUCACGUACGACGAGGAGUGCACUCAGAGUGCGCUUUCUGUCUGAAUUGUUGGAAGAUGCCGUGACAACACUGAAACAUCGCAGUGACACUCCGGUGUGUUACAACUUUGAGAGUUUCAGAAAUGUGAAUGUUUCCUUCUUUUGACCCAUGAGGACUGUGACUUCUUCUAGCCCUCAGAUUUUAAAUAAAAACAAUGAAAGUGGCUAUUUUUAGACAAUUUUUUUUCCCUCCAGCAUGAUUUUCUUCUUUUAAAUAACUCAAUCUGUAUCCAGCUGGGUAACGGCCGAUAAUGGCCAGUAUCCGAACACCAGAAGCACAUCCGUGUUCUAACAGACACGGACCUGUCUACGCCAUACUUUGAACCUUAAUGAAAUACUUUGAGACAGAAGUUGUUCACUGUGUUUUUGAUGAUCUGUCCGUAACCAGUGUCUUCCCAGAAAAUGAAGACGCGUUCAAGUAAGAGAUGAUCUCGCCCGUUUCAUUAGACGCGUCUUCUCAGAGCGGCUCAGCGCGGUGUUCACUCUGGAAACAGUUCUUUAACCCUUCAAGCCGAGUUCCGGCUGCUGCAGGUGCCGGCGUGCCGGGUGGCGGCGGGGUGGACGGGGCACAGCCCGGUCGGCUUACUGCUCUGCCAUCAGUGAGUCUGGGUGGCUCUGCUUCCCUUCCCCCCGAACUCCCCCUGACAGAGCCUGUACGUUCUCCUGUUUGUUCCGCUCCACACGCCAGGCUGGCCUGGCCUCUGCAGUGUUCCUUUCCUCGAUCCUUCCUGUCCCUGCCUGGCAGGCAGAGGAAGUGAAGGCGGCCCUUAAGUUUGUGCCCGGGAGCCUCCUGGCUGGUGGGGAGCAGUGCCAGCUCAGGCAGAGCGGUGACGGUCAAGUCCAGGGCGCUCGCACACGGCCCCCUCUCCUGCACCUGCUGCGUCUUCCCUGCCCCUCCAGAGCAGGGCUGUCGCAGUGACUGCUGGACGGCUCAGGACGGAUCCUCCAGGAACCCUUUCUGGUUAUGUAACCGAGUCCAAACUCGUUCUGCUCGCCGCAUGACAGGCCAAUAAAUCGGGAGACGAGGUGUUGGGGCAAAGAACAGCGACUUUAUUCGGAAAGCCGGCAGACCCAGAGGACGGCAGACUAACGUCUUGGAGAACCAUCCCCCUCAAGUCAGAAUUCAGGCUCCUUUUAUACAAAAAACAGGGAAGGGGCUGUGGUUGGUUGUUGCAAACUUCUUGCUGCAGGAGUCCUUUGUUCCUGCAGCCGUCCACGUGGGCCAGGCCAUGGUGCCCCUGCAAACCUCCAACAAAACAAAGGUUAUUCUCUGCCACAGCUGGAUGUUCUUGCCUUCGUCUCAUCCCGUCUGCUCUACCUGUAACUCACCCUUGUGAUGUGUUUGGUGUGUGGGAGGUGCUCUGAGAACCCCUGGCCCCACCGUCUCCCCACUGCCUUGGCCUCCUAGAGGGAACCCGGCAGGGAGGGUGCGGAAGUGGCCUGGGUGCCAGCGGGGGUCCAGGGAGCCCAGAACACCGCAUCCAGAACCGAGUCCAUUGUCAGGUCCUAAGACGCACCCUCUGACCGGCUCCUUCUCUUCCAAGUGGCUGUUUCACAGCCUUCGCAGUGAGGGCUCAGUGGUAGGUUUUCUUGAAUACAUGUUUUUCAACUUGCCCCUAUUUCUUUUUCUUUCCCCUCUUUCUAUUUGUAUCCUCAGAACAAUGUCAUCAGUUUGUCAUUUGGAUCUGGGUUAAGUGGAAGCAGAAACAGGCCUUUGUGGCCAAGAUGGAUUCGACUGGUCUCAGGUGGGUCCUUUGCUAACCGUAAAAUGUGGCCUCUGCCAUGGGCCGCAGUGUCCAAAAGGCCCCCCGCGUGAGGUCCCCCUGCCCUGUUCCUUUCCUCCCGACGCGAGUCAGAAAUUCCCAGAGCCCUCCCAAGUCGGCGCCUACGUUUUUAAGUGUUUACAGCCUCAUCAGUGCGAGAAGCUUGUAAUGAUUGAAAAUCUGAUCUCAUUCAGGACACGAUUUGUUCCUCUGGCUGUUGCCUGUGAGUUUAUAGGAAGGUUAUUGAUGCCUGAAUCAAUGGUCUUUGUUCUGAGAUCUCCUUUUGAUGAACUGCACUUAAGGGUAGAGAUGAUCUCAAAAUUAUCUUCUAGGAGCGCCCCCCCCCCAGUGGACUGAGGGCUUGUGGUGUUAGUUCCACUAAACCAGAUGGUUUUAGCACUUAGGUGGCCCCAUCCCCGAGCGAGUGGUCGUGGUUCUUGAGAACACGUCCUGGGUUGCGUAUGAUGACGGAAGAUUUUGACCUGGCUGCAGCGAGUCACAAAACUCCAAAUACUGCUUUGAGGGUGGCACUCUGGGAAUAAGCUUGGGGCCCCGUGAGUCCCCUACUGUCCCUGCCAGUCCCCCUUCCACCUGGUGACAAGCCAUGGGCGUGCCCUGGGCAUGCAUGCAAUACAGCAAGACCAACACAAGAGCAAUAUUGAAUUGUUCACUAGAUCUUAAAUUGUAUAUAUUAUAACAUUAUAUAUAUAUAUAAUUUAUCCUCCUGCAUUUUGGAAGUUUAAACUAGUACACUGUACAGAUCUGUAAGCUAGUGUAUUUGUUUUGCCGUUUGUAAUACUUAAGAAAUGCUCAUUCUUUAUAGAACAGAAGUAUUAAAAUAAAUGCUCUGUGAUAUAUCUUUUUGUUUGUUUGUUUUCCCUCAAAAUUUGUAAUGUGUGGCUCCUUUGUAAGCUCUCUGGAAAUAUCCAUAACUCAACGGGACACAUGUAAACCCUCGAAACUGCAUCCUGGAACUCAGUGCCCCACAAGGGCAACGUGCGGACGGAGCACUUAGAGAGCAUGACUUUUAUACGUGCGGGACAGCGAUGUGUACAUUUAUACUGAAGGUGUGUUUCCUGUUACAAUCCCAUGGUCUAUUUUCUUUACAGUUACAAAGUUCACUCUUGCCUACAAGUUUCUAGUUGCCAGCGCUAUUCCGAAAAGAAUAGCAUAUUGAAAUAAAGCUUCC